AUAACGGGAAUUCCCAUGGCCCGGGCUCUGGUGUCCAACCUGCUGCGGCCGCGGCCCUGCCGAGCGGAGCGAGCGCCGCGCGCAGAGCACACGCUCGCGCCCCAGCCGCCCUCCUGCGCGGUUCAUGACCGCGUCCUCUGAUCGCAGCCUCCGCGAGCCCGCGCCGCAGGACCGCUGCCUGCUCGCCGCCGCCGCGAGGGCCGCCGAGCGAAGAAGGAAGGACGGCAGGCAGGCGCAGUGUGCGCCCGGCGGAGCCCGCGACCCCUGCCCGCUGCCGGCUGCCCGGCCCGGCUGGCACCAUGCUGCCCGCGCGCUGCGCCCGCCUGCUCACGCCCCACUUGCUGCUGGUGUUGGUGCAGCUGUCCCCGGCUCACGGCCACCGCACCACGGGCCCCAGGUUUCUAAUAAGUGACCGUGACCCUCAGUGCAACCUCCACUGCUCCAGGACUCAACCCAAACCCAUCUGUGCCUCAGAUGGCAGGUCCUACGAGUCCAUGUGUGAGUUCCAGCGAGCCAAGUGCCGAGACCUGACCCUAGGCGUGGUACACCGAGGUAAAUGCAAAGAUGCUGGCCAGAGCAAGUGUCGCCUGGAGCGGGCUCAAGCCCUAGAGCAAGCCAAGAAGCCUCAGGAGGCUGUGUUUGUCCCAGAGUGCAGCGAGGACGGUUCCUUUACCCAGGUGCAGUGCCAUACAUACACCGGGUACUGCUGGUGUGUCACCCCAGAUGGAAAGCCCAUCAGUGGCUCUUCUGUGCAGAAUAAAACUCCUGUAUGUUCAGGUUCAGUCACCGACAAGCCCUUGAGCCAGGGUAACUCAGGAAGGAAAGUCUCUUUUCGAUUCUUUUUAACCCUCAAUUCAGAUGACGGAUCUAAGCCGACACCCACGAUGGAGACUCAGCCGGUGUUCGAUGGAGAUGAAAUUACAGCUCCUACUCUAUGGAUUAAGCACUUGGUAAUCAAGGACUCCAAGCUGAACAACACCAACAUAAGAAAUUCAGAGAAAGUCCACUCGUGUGACCAGGAGAGACAGAGUGCCCUGGAAGAGGCCCGGCAGAAUCCCCGUGAGGGCAUCGUCAUCCCUGAGUGUGCCCCCGGGGGGCUCUAUAAGCCAGUGCAGUGCCACCAGUCCACCGGCUACUGCUGGUGUGUGCUGGUGGACACGGGGCGCCCACUGCCUGGGACCUCCACUCGCUACGUGAUGCCCAGCUGUGAGAGCGACGCCAGGGCCAAGAGUACAGAGGCCGAUGACCCCUUCAAGGACAGGGAGCUACCAGGCUGUCCAGAAGGGAAGAAAAUGGAAUUUAUCACCAGCCUUCUGGACGCGCUCACCACCGACAUGGUUCAGGCCAUUAACUCGGCAGCGCCCACUGGAGGUGGGAGGUUCUCAGAGCCAGACCCCAGCCACACCCUGGAGGAGCGAGUGGUGCACUGGUACUUCAGCCAGCUGGACAGCAACAGCAGCAAUGACAUUAACAAGCGGGAGAUGAAGCCCUUCAAGCGCUACGUGAAGAAGAAAGCCAAGCCCAAGAAAUGCGCCCGGCGUUUCACCGACUACUGUGACCUGAACAAGGACAAGGUCAUUUCACUGCCCGAGCUGAAGGGCUGCCUGGGUGUUAGCAAAGAAGGGCGCCUCAUCUAAGGAGCAGAAAGUCCAAGGGCAGGUGGAGAGUCCAGGGAAACAGGACGGACCGUCAGACACCUAACCCUCAGCGUCGCCCACGGCUCAGCCACGUCCCGUGUAACAAGUGGUGCCCACCAUGUUUGCACUUUUAAUGACUCUUACUUGCGUGUUUCGUUUUUGGUUUCAUUUUUAAACACCAGUAUCUAAUACCACAGUGGGAAAAGGAAAGGGAAGAAAGACUGGUUAUUCUUUCUCUUAUUGUAAGUUUUUGAUCUGCUACUGACAACGUUUAGGUUUUUUUGGGGGGAGGGAGGGUGUCGUUGGGGCUGAGAAGAAAGAGAUUUAUAUACUGUAUAUAAAUAUAUUUGUAAAUUGUAUAGAUCUUUUGUACAGG